UUUCUGCAAACCACAACAAUGUUCUCAUUUUUGUUUUGCUUUUCGUGAAUAAGCAAAACAAUUCACGAGUGAAAAUAAGUUAACAUGUGCCUAAUUUUUCUUCAAAAUUAAACGUCUCCUAAAAAUAAAGAAUAUGGCACACAGAGCUCUAAUGGGAUUAAACAAACACAUAAUUCGAAACAUUUGCAAAAAUGAGCAGCGAUUCAAGUACCUUCUCGUUCUCGAUUUUGAAGCAACUUGCGAGAAAAACUCUCUCAUAAAUCCACAAGAGAUUAUAGAAUUUCCAUGUGUGGCAGUUUCCACCGAAGAUUGGCAAGUGAAAGACAUUUUCCACCAGUAUGUCAAGCCCAGAGUGCAUCCUAACCUCUCACCCUUUUGCACCGAUCUCACCGGAAUCAUGCAAGAAAUAGUCGAAAAUCAGCCCUACUUUCCCGAGGUUUUGUCCAGUUUUUCGAAUUGGAUCAACGAAGGAGGGUAUUUUUUGGAAAGAGGGAAAAGUGCUUUCGUAACGUGUGGUGACUGGGAUUUAAACGUGAUGAUUCGUUCGCACUGUGCGACGGAAAAGUUAAAAGUGCCCGAAUAUUUCAACGAAUGGAUCAAUUUGAAGAGAGUUUUUUGCGAUGCCACGAAAAUUUUUCCUCGUGGCAUCACAGCAAUGCUUAUACACUUGAAUCUCCCAAAAAUCGGCAGACUCCACUCUGGAAUCGACGAUGUGCAGAAUAUGGUUAAUGUUAUCAGAAAGUUGGCUACUCGGCAUAACGUUCAAUUUGAAAUUACAUCCGGAGUGAAUAUUCCGGCUGUUCCUGUUUAUCAACGCAAAAGGCAAUAAUGUACGGAGGAGAAUGUAAAUAUUGUUUAAUUAAAUAUACAGUUUAUACAAAA